AUGGGUUCAGGGCAAUCAAAACAAGAAGCUGAUGUCAUCGCCGAAAUUCCACAUUUAGAAUUAUCAUCAAUUAUUUUAAAGGAAUACAACAUCUUUCAUGAUAGAAUUGUUUGUUUACAUGCAAAUAUUAAUAAUGCCGACGAACAAUCUCUAUUAAGUUUUCUGAAAAAUAAAGCAAAAAUGUUUGAUGAUUUAGAUGAAUGUGUAAAUUAUAUACAGUCGAAUCAAAAAGAAAAAAUAUUUUUAAUUAUAUUUGAAAUAUUGGAAGAAAUUAUUAUUCAAAGAUUACAUGAUCUAUCGCAAAUGAUCGCCAUUUACAUUUAUUGUGUUGAACCAUCUAAAUAUGAACAAUGGCUAACAGCAUCUUAUCCAAAACUUAAAGGAUUCUUUUAUAUCAAAGAUAUUCUAUUAAAUAAAUUAGCUGCAGAUGUUAAAUUUCACACGGAUGAAUCGAUGCCAAUUAGUGUAUUUUGUCUAAAUGAAGAUCAAACUUCACUUGAACAUUUGAGUAAAGAUAAUGCGUCGUUCAUGUGGUAUCAAUUAUUAUUUGAUCUUUUAAUUAAAUUACCACGAUCGGACUCAAGUAAGAAAGAAAUGAUUGAUGAGUGUCGUUUAUACUACGAAAAUGAUCUAACUACAUUGGAACAAAUUGAUGAUUUUGAACAAAACUAUCAGUCUGAGAAAGCUGCUUACUGGUAUACAUGUGAUAAAUUCUUAUAUAGACUAUUAAACAGAGUUUUACGUUCGAGAAAUAUUGGUGCUAUUUUAAAAUUCCGAUAUUUUAUUGUUGAACUCUAUGAACAAUUAUCGCAUGGAUAUGUCGCAGAAAAGGAGAAGAAGGGGAAGAAGGAGAAGAAGGAGAAUGAAAUGGAAAGUGAAAGAGAAAUUAAAAUGCAGGACAAUUUAAAAUUAUCGACAUUGAGUACUAAUCUCACUGUCUAUCGAGGACAAAAUAUACAUGAAGAAGAACUAGAAAAAAUGAGAAAAAGUAUUGGAGAUUUAAUGUCGUCAACUAUGUUUAUGUCGACGACAAAAACGAUCGAGAUAGCUACAGGAUUUAUUACUGAUACUACAGAAAAAUGCGUUCUUUUUGAAAUAAGUGUUGAUCAAAAUGAAACGGCAUCGAAACCUUACUUGGAUAUUAGUACUUUAAGCUCUAAACCGCUUGAAGAAGAAGUUUUAUUUUCAAUAGGUAGUGUUUUUCGAAUAAUGUCUGUGAAAAAGUUACCAAUGAAUAAGUAUUGGACGAUUAAUUUAUUGUUGACUGAAGAAGAAAAUCAACAACUGAAACAAUUAAUGGAAUAUUUUAGAGUAGAUAAUUUAAUAAACGAAAAUAGAUCACCUCUCUUUCCUUUAGGUGAAUUUCUAAUGCGAAUAGCAGAAUAUGAUCAAGCUGAAUAUUAUUUUACAAUUUUACUUCAACAAUCACCAUUGCUAGAUCAUAUCGAAAAAGGUAUGAUAUUUAAUUCAAUUGGAAAAAUUCAUUUUAAACGAGGAAAAUAUUCAUCUGCUUUACAAUGGUAUACUCGAUCACAUACUAUAUUAAAAAAUAUAGAUCCGUUGUUAGCUGAAUUGAAUUAUAUUGAUAUGGGUAGUCUGUAUGAGAAACAACAUGAUUAUUCCAAUGCUGCGAAAUAUUUACGAUCCGCAUUUAAAUUAUAUUCAAAAUCAUCAUCAACGCAUCCUAGUAUUAUGGCACAACUUUAUGAAAAUAUUGGCUCAGUUCAUUAUCAUAUGAAUAAUAUAUUAUUAGCCAAUAAAAAUUAUACCGAAGCAUUUCGACUAUAUACUGCGUAUUUACCACCAACACAUCCAAAAUUAGCUGUGAUUUGCAAUACACUUGGUGAUUUAUUAGUGAGAACAUUUCGAGCUAAUGAAGCAUUAAAAAUGUAUAACUAUGCAUUAUCAAUACAAGAAAAAAGAUUACCACCAAAGAUUCGUAAUCACAGUAUGGCUAAAACUUAUAAUCGUAUAGGAUUAGCAUAUGAUGAACUAAAAAACUAUAAUGAUGCUUUAAGGAACUAUUAUCGAUCACGUGAAUUAUUAUCCGGUGAUGAUCCAGAUUUAUGUGUUGUCAUGGAAAACAUCGAACAAGUAUCAAAAAAAUUAAACAAAUAA